AUGCCACUUCGACUGGAUAUUAACUUCCCCUCUGUUAGAGAGCAAAUAUUUUUGUUCAUCAAAAUAGAGGUUUAAGUUUCUAUUAAAAUUUUAUACAUAAAUUUAUAGUAAAAUUGUUUUUUAGGAAUUUCGAAAAAUACCAAUUCGCAAAUUUUAAAAAGAAAUGGUUUAAAUUUAUGUUUUAGAUAGAGUCCUAACUAUUUAAAUUGAAAAAAAUUCGCUAGAGAUUUAAAUAUAAUAAUUAUCACUCAUAGUUUCCAAAUAUUUUAUAUAAAAAUAUAUUAAAAAAAUUGAAGAAUGAUUUUUCCUAAGAAGUAUAUCUAUUGACAAUAGCUGAAAACAUUUUUGCUGUCUAACCAUUUGCUUAUUUAUCAUACAAUAGAUGCAAUAGUAGCCAGGAAAAAUGUUUAUGUUCUCAAUAAGAAAGUAUAGUAUUUUCAAUUUUACUCACUCAUGGGGGUAAGAAGAAACUAAGCAGCAGGAGUGAACGUGUAAAGUGCGUUGAAAUCCAUCCUCAGCAGCCAUGGGUACUUUCAGGUCUUUAUUCCGGCAAUAUCCUAAUUCACGACUACAUCACUCAAGCUGUCCUAAAGUCAUUUGAAGUAUCGAAUUUCCCAGUCAGAUGUGCCAAGUUCAUUGUUCGAACUCACUGGCUAGUUGUAGGAUCUGACGAUAAAAAUCUUCGAGUGUACAAUUAUAAUACACUGGAAAAACUCAAAACUUUUCAAGCCCACGAUGACUACAUCAGAUCAAUCAUUGUCCACCCUACUCUCCCUUAUGUGAUUUCUUCCUCUGAUGACUGUAUAAUCAAGCUUUGGGAUUGGGAAAAGAACUGGGAAGAAAAGAGAGUUUAUGAAGGCCACGGUCACUAUGUCAUGCAGAUUAGCCUUAAUCCUAAAGAUUUCUCGACCUUUGCAAGCGCCAGCUUGGACAGAACCAUCAAGAUUUGGGGCGUCUCAGGAAGUGACAAAGCACAUUAUACUCUUGAGGGCCAUGCACAAGGGGUUAAUUGUGUCGAAUAUUACCCUGGAGGUGACAAGCCGUAUUUGGUCAGUGGUGGAGAUGAUAUGAAGGUAAAGGUAUGGGACUACCAAACAAAGCAGUGUUUAAACACCCUUUCAGGCCAUCACCACAAUGUUUCUUCUGUAAGUUUCCACCCUGACUUGCCUUUAAUUAUUUCAACAUCAGAAGAUGCAACGGUAAAACUAUGGCAUAGCUCAACAUUUAGACUUGAAAGCACAUUAAACUAUGGCAUGGACAGAGCAUGGACUCAAAGUGCUGUCGGAGGAACCAGACUUCUUGCACUUGGGUUCGAUGAAGGUACAAUUGUCCUUAAAAUUGGAAGUGACGAACCUUUAGCUUCUAUGACAAACACAGGCUACGUCGUUUGGGUUAAAAAUAACGAUAUUCAUUCAGCUAACUUAAGAAUCAAUGAAGGUGACAUUCAAGAUGGUGAACCAAUUAAUUUAGUUCCGAGAGAAACUGAAACUUGCGAAUUUUUCCCACAGUUUGUUAAACACAGCCCUAAUGGAAGAUCUUUUGCUCUCUGUGGAGACGGAGAGCAUGCCAGACUUCUGGUAAGAAUUUUUCCUUUUAAUGCAUUUUCCUCGUGAGAUGAUUUAUUGGAAAAAAAGUUAAAGUCUAUCAAAUUUAUCAUGAAAAAAAUUGAUCAAAAUACCAAGGAAACUCACACGAGGAAAAUGCUCCAAUCCAAUAACACUCAGUCGACGGAGAGUACGUUAUUAAAAGCUCUAGGGCUUUUAGAAAUCAAGGGUAUGGAAGCGGGCAAGAGUUUGCUUGGAGCGGAGCUACAAUGGGAGACUUUGCAAUAAGAAGUGCAAAUGUUGUUAAGGUUAUGAGAGAAACAGAAGAAAAAAUCAAUUAUAAAUCGACCUUUAGCGUUGAAGCACUUUUUGGAGGAACUUUACUUGGGAUUAAAGGAGACGAAUACAUUGACUUUGUGGACUGGGAAACCGGAAAUUUAAUUAGACGCAUAAAUGUCUCACCGAAGCAAAUCUAUUGGUCAGAUUCAGGAAAGCAUGUAGCAGUUGUGCUUGAAGAAACUUUCUUUGUACUUCAAUACCAUCCAGAAUUAGUUGCAGGGGUCAAGCCACAAGAUGAUGGCAUAGAAGAAGCCUUUGAACUAGAAUUUGAAAUUUUAGAGAACGUGAAUUCAGGAAUUUGGCUUAGUGAGUGCUUUAUGUAUACGACCUCAGCCAAUAAACUGAACUAUUGCCUAUCAGGAAAAUCAAUGCAUAUGGUCAAUUUAGAUAAAAAAGAAUGGAUUUUAGGCUUCAUUCCUCAACAAAGCAGGAUUUAUUUGAUGGACAGUGAAAGAACUAUUGUAAGCUAUGCAGUCACCUUAAGUUUCAUUGAGUAUCAAAUCUCAGUUGUCCAAGAAGACUUUGAAAAGGCAGAGCUAAUUUUCCCAACUAUCCCACCUCAAUACCACAAUAAAUGUGCCAAAUUUUUAGAUAGCUUGGGAUACAAGGAAGAAGCCAUGGCUAUAACUCAUGACAAGCAGCAUAAAAUGGAGCUUGCUUUACAGCUAAAUAACUUAGGAGAAGCUUAUAAAAUUGCACAAGAAGAUACAGAAAGUGACGAUAAAUGGAAAAUGGUAGGUGAUCUCGCACUAUUGUCAGGAGAAAUUGAUUUAGCUGAAAACUGCUUAUUAAAAUCCAAGGACUGAAAUGGUUUACUGCUACUAUAUUCAAGUCUUGGAAUUGAAAGCAAAUUGAGAGAGCUUGGAGAGCUUGCCACAGAAAGUGGGAAAAUGAAUGUCGCUUUUAUUUGCUUUUUCUUGCUAAAGGAUCUCGAUAAAUGCAUAGAGUGCCUAGUCAAAGCUGAAAGGAUCCCAGAAGCGGCAUUUUUCGCUAGAAGCUAUUGCCCAUCUAAAAUCUCAAAUGUUGUUAAGCUAUGGAAAGAAGAUUUAGCAAAAGUUUCAAAGGUUGCUUCACAGUCUUUGACAGACCCAACUGAAUACCCACAAAAGUUCCCUGAGUUAGCUUUAGGAAUGAAAGCAGAAAAAUUGUUAGAUGAUUUCUAUAAAACUGAUGUUGGAGCUGAAGAUUAUUUAGGAGUUAUGGGACUAUUUAAUUAUGAAAUUUUAGAUAAGUUGAAAGAAGACGAAAAUCUAGAUAUUGCACAGCUUCUCAGUCAGCCUCCUGAGUGCCCAGAAGAUCCAUUCCAAACUGAAGAAAGCUAA